CAAGCAGGCUGAUACAGCUCUAAACCCUAGAUAGAUGAAAGAUCCGGGGUUAAUAAGAGCAUCAGCUGCAGCCUUGCACCUUAUCAGCAUUCUUUGAGAGUUUGGCCUCCCUGCAACUUGGCAACAGCAACAAAAGAACGACCAGAACCACUGCUAUCCAGUUACUCAUGCUGUGUUAUCGUGAUUAUGGAGCUUAAGUUGGCUUCCUAGAUCUUGGCGCGAAUAGAUAAGCGUCGUUCUUGUGCUGUUGUGAGUAAGUUGUUCCCGAUGAAUUUCAUGAUUUGCUCUGUGCGUAUCAUUUGCCAUGAUGGAGCCUGCUUCGGUGGUCGCGAACGAAGAGUUCGAGAAACAAGAAUAGACAAAUGUGGCAGAGCCUUUUUGAAGGGCCCCUAAUCGCUACGAAUAUCCGUAUAGCUAUUCGAUUGCGAGCCGAAAGAGGGAGUCGAAAGCGUAGCUGCGCGACGAACACCCCGCAGUAUGAGUCAGCCGAUCUACAAUGCCUCGACACCCGAAGGUGGUGAUCCGACCAAAGUCGACGUGAAUGCGCAGUAUGCCGGACUCGAAUAUCACUACGUCUAUAUCAUGACCUGCAGCUUCGUUGUCUGGCUUAUAUUGCCUGGAAUCGGUCUGCUUUAUAGUGGGUUAGCACGCAGGAAAUCUGCCUUGGCUCUGCUUUUCCAGUCCUGGAUGAUCCUCGCAGUGACGACGUUUCAAUGGAUGUUCUGGGGUUAUUCUCUUACUUACUCCAGGGACGGCGGUCCGUUCAUUGGCACUCUCAAGAACUUUGGAAUGAUGGAUGUCCUUGUUGCGCCGUCCCCGGGUUCUGCAGUGCUUCCUGAAAUUGUGUUUUGUCUGUAUCAGCUGCUUUUCUGCGCCUGCACGGUGAUGAUUGUCGUCGGUGGGGCUUUCGAACGUGGAAAUAUCCUGCCAUCGUUGAUAUUCAGCUUCUUCUGGGCCACACUCGUCUACUGCCCGGUGGCGCGAUGGACAUGGAGCAGCCACGGCUGGCUUUAUAAUCUUCCAGCUUUGGAUUUCGCCGGUGGUGGCCCUGUUCACAUUGCUUCCGGCUGGGCAGCUCUGGCUUACGCAAUGGUGCUGGGAAAGCGAAAGGAUCAUGGCAUGGUUUCGUUGCGCAAACCUCAUAACACGACUUUGGUCUUCAUCGGAACCGUUCUGAUCUGCUUUGGGUGGCUGGGAUUCAAUGGCGGCUCAACUCUCAAUGCUAGUGUGCGUUCUAUGGUGGUUAUCUUCAACACUAAUACGGCAGCGAGCACAGGCAUCUUAGGAUGGGCUAUGGUUGAUUACAUCAAACGCAAGCGAAAAUUCUCCGUAGUUGGAGCCUGUGAAGGAGCCAUUGCCGGUCUGGUGGGCAUCACCCCGGCUGCCGGAUACGUGCCCGUUUGGCUAGCAGCUUGUAUUGGGUUCAUCACCAGCAUUGUGUGCUCGCUCCUGCAGAAUAUCAAUGACUGGCUGAAUAUUGACGAGGGCAUGGAUGUAUUCAAGCUCCAUGGUGUGGGUGGCAUCGUCGGCGCGUUCCUGACGGGUCUAUUCGCAACUGAGAAUAUCUCGUCCCUUGAUGGUUUCACCUUUUCAAGUGGAGCGAUUGACGGAAAUGGAAUCCAGGUUGGCUACCAACUGGCUGAAAUCUGCGCCAUCUCGGGUUACUCGUUCGUGGUCUCCUGCGUCUUGCUAUACAUUCUCAAAUUCAUCCCGGGGAUGAACCUACGAGUCGAUGAGGAAUCCGAGAUGAUUGGACUUGACCAGGCUCAGCUCUUUGAAGAACAGAUUGGAGACUGGAGCUUAGUGGACAACUCCAUUACUGUGACAACCCCAACCAUUAUCGGGGUUUCGAAACAGUCAUCAGUUUCGAAGGAUGAAACUCACGCGGGGAAAGCAAUGUAGGUCAGAUAAUUUGUUUCUUACAAUGAG